AUGGAGCCUGCGGCACGAUUUGGAGGGGAGGUUCCUGACAUAGACAUAUUUUCAGCAUUUGAUUUUUUCGCAGAAAAUUUCACAGGAGAUCGCAUCAUUUUAGCAGCAUUUGGAAACAACACAGAGAAUUUGACUCAAAGUAGUUUACUCAAAAGACUACAACCGUACAUGGAUAACAGGGCGAUUGAUGACGUCGCCUUGAUAUCUCUACUAAUCGCUUACGUCGUUCUUAUCAUAACUGGAGCCAGUGGAAAUGGAUUAGUCUGCAUGGCUGUUGCUCGCAAACCUGCGAUGAGAACAGCUCGAAAUGUUUUCAUAAUAAAUUUAGCCAUAUCGGAUUUAAUUUUGUGCCUGUUUACCAUGCCAUUUUCUUUGGUGGAGAUUAUGAUGAAAUUUUGGCCACUCGGAGUAUUAACAUGUAAAUUAGUUGCAGGAUUGCAAGCUACGAGUAUUUUUGUAAGUGCAAUAAGCAUUGCAGCGAUAGCAUUAGAUCGGUACAAGGUUAUUGUAUACCCAACACAAGACACCUGCCGUCCUUUUCGUGCUGUUAUGAUUCUUUCAUGUAUCUGGUUCAUUGCCUUAUUAUUGUCCUUGCCUUUGUUUAUUUUUCGCGAUGUCGUGCACAUUGAAAUUAAUUUACCCUGGGUUCAAUCUGUAAAUUAUUGCAUCGAAAGCUGGCCAAUAGAACAUGGUAGGGGGUUCUACUCUGUGUUCACGAUGGUGUUUCAGUACUUGGUUCCAAUUAUGAUUGUGAGUACGGCCUACUUUCAAAUUUGCCGCAAACUUCAAUACAGGAUGGUUUCAAAACAAACUACCCUUGAAGAACGGCAAGCUAGAGACAGACAGAGAGUUAAAAAAACCAAUAUUCUUCUCAUUUCUAUUGCAUGCAUUUUUGCUUUUAGCUGGCUUCCACUUAAUAUUCUGAACAUAGUAGCAGACUUCUUUUAUCCUUUUGAUGAUACAUCAACGUUUCGUAUCGUCUUUGCUUGCUGCCACAUGGCAGGUAUGAGCUCUGCUUGCUCAAAUCCUCUUUUGUACGGAUGGCUAAACGAGAAUUUUAGAAAAGAAUUUAAAGAAAUUUUUGCCUCUUGCAUUAAAUCCUCCCCAUCCCGACCACCUACAGGAAAUGAGGGAACUGAAUCAUUUGUUCUGUAUACGAAAAACCAAUCCAAUCGCACCACUAACGCCAAUAAUCAAAUUCAUGCUGAUACUACAGUUAUUGAUGGAGUAGGGGUGAGGGCGGUUAAAUGA